GGCGACGCCACAGUGACGUAACAGUACACAUGCCACGCUUUGGCCACGUGACUCCAGUGUACGGUGACGUGUAGCCGAGCAUGUAAGCAGGAAGAGCCUGCCGAAACUCCAACAUGAUAACAGAAGAUACCAAUGAUGAAGACGUGUCUCUGUUUGAUGCGGAGGAAGAUGCAGGGAAAAGGUCAAAGAAGACAAAUAUUAAGCAUCCGUUGGCGUCCUUCUUCCACCUCUUCUUCAGAGUUAGUGCCGUCCUCGUCUACCUGCUCUGUGAGAUUUUCAGCAGGAGUUUCAUCGCCUGCAUGGUUGCAAUCAUCCUUCUGCUGUCAUGUGACUUCUGGACAGUAAAGAACAUCACCGGGAGGUUGAUGGUUGGUCUCAGGUGGUGGAACCAGGUGGACGAUGAUGGUAGAAGCCACUGGGUGUUUGAGUCGAGGAAGGGUACGGGGAAGCAACAGGCGUCAGAUUCCGAGUCCCGGAUCUUCUGGCUUGGACUGAUUGUUUGUCCAGUCCUCUGGGUCAUCUUUGCCUUCAGUACCCUCUUUUCUUUCAAGAUUAAAUGGCUGCCGGUAGUGAUCAUGGGCGUGGUGUUGCAAGGGGCCAACCUCUACGGAUACGUGCGGUGUAAAGUGGGAGGCAAGACCAGCUUAAAGAACAUGGCUACCAAUUACUUUGGACGACAGUUCCUCAAACAGGCGCUGUCUAAAGAAGAGGAAUCGUAGGGUGCAGCUCUGCGAUCUUAACGCGUUUGCAUUAUUCUUAAUGCUAUAAUAUAUAUUCUUUUAGCAAGUGGAUACGUCGAAAGAAAUCUUUUUGCAUCACUAACUCCCCCCCCCCCCCUUUUUUUAACGUAAUGUUUGACUCAGUCAGUCCCAUCAGAGAGAGUUUCCACAGAGAGGUCAGAGGUCUCGUAGCUUGUUUUUCCGCAACUGAAGCUCCACAAGAAACCCUCAGACUUUAACUGAUCCUUUAGCGUAAAUGCAUGAGUGAAAAAAAGUGUGCAAGUGUUUGAAAUGUUAAACUGACUGUAGUUUGAUGUGUCACGUUGUCUCACAGCUCCCUCAGAUACCUUAGUUUGUUGUUUUCAUCGCCUCUUAACUUGAAUCUUUAUAAAGUUAAUAAAAAAUUUUAAAAAAUGUAGUUUCUGAGAGGUAUUGUACAAACUUUUUUGUUUGUAUAAUAGUUUUAAAGUUACAGUGUAAAGUAUUCCAGGAGAUUUGUAAAUAUGUAUGUAAAGAAACUGUGUGCAGCAUCAUCUUUUGUGCAAAUACAUUUGUAACAUUUUUCCGAACAGAAUGGUAGUUUUCAUUUAUGCAAAUAGUUUUCAACGUGUGAAAAUAUUAUGAGUUAAGUCUGAUUAGUUUUCUUCGCUGUCGGCUCGAGGACAGGUCAGAUUUUUACUCAGUAAAAAAAAAGGUAUGAAUAAUACCAUCAACUGAGAUUUUGUUGCAGGUCAUUUUUGUUUCAUUUCAGCCGUUUUUAUUUCAAAAUGUCUAGAGUCAAAUUGAUUAGUCGAUCGAUAGAAAAAUAAUAGGCAACUCCUUUG